AUGUAUGUGGGCAUUGUCAAUCGUGAGUAUGGGCGUUUUCAACGCGGUUCUGUUACUGAAGACCAGUUUAAAUGCCUUAUAUUUAUCUGUGGCCUCCAGUGCUCCAAGGAUGCUGAUAUCCGGACAUGUCUCCUGUCCAAAAUGCUGCAGAAUAACUCAAUAACACUCCAAAAGCUGGCAGCAGAGUGCCAAACGCUGCUCAACCUCAUGCUCGACUCCGCCAUCAUUCAGAACCCUGCCACAUCUUGCACAGUCCGUACGGAACCAUCGACCAAAUCGCAUCCCGUUUCGCGGCCCAAGCAAGUGUCCAAGGCGAGAUCUCCAUCUUCUCCCGGGGCGAGGCUGCUGCCUAAUGGACAGAGUAAGGACGACAUUGUCUCCCGAAUCGAUGCUGCCCGCUGGGUUUUCUCAAGCCUUCGGAAAUGCCAAUUGAUUCGACGUGAUCUCUCCAUCGCCACUAAGAUUCGCGUGUACCGUGCAUCUGUCCGGUAUGUCCUUCUCUACGGUUGUGAAUGCUGGGCUUUGCGCGUGGAGGAUGGGCGAAAACUGGAGGUAUUUGACCACUACUGCUUGAGGAUCCUCCUUCGAGUGAAGUUAACCGACUUCGUCUCAAAUGAGAUAGUCCGCGCUCGCUACGACAACAUCGCAAGGAUAACUCAGGCCAUCCAAGAAAGACGACUGAGGUGGUUCGGGCAUGUUCUUCGUCGUCCACCUCAGGAGCUCAGUGUUACUGCCCUCGAUCCGGCACCGUUGUGCCAUUGGAGGCGUCGAAGAGGGGGUCAGUUCAAAACCUGGCUCGAAACUGUCCGCCAAGACAUGGAGGUGGUUCUUGGACCUUCGGUAUUCGGUCUCCGUCGUUGGCGAAGGGAAUGGGUUGAGCUGUCUAGAUCUGCUGCCGCGGAUCGUCACGCGUGGAGAGGUACAGUUCGUGACAUCAUCGAGGCCGGCUAG